UUUUACGACGCGACGGCCGCGGCGCGCUUGGCGGCCGGAGCAGAGCGGGGCGAGCGCAGCGCGGGCGGUGGCGGCGGCGGCAGGGCAGGGGACGCGCGGGCGGCGGCGUCGCCAUGUCGCACGGCCACAGCCACGGCGGGGGUGGCUGUCGCUGCGCCGCCGAGCGGGAGGAGCCGCCCGAACAGCGCGGCCUGGCCUACGGCCUCUACCUGCGCAUCGACUUGGAGCGGCUGCAGUGCCUCAACGAGAGUCGCGAGGGCAGCGGCCGCGGCGUCUUCAAGCCGUGGGAAGAGCGGACCGACCGCUCCAAGUUUGUUGAAAGUGAUGCAGAUGAAGAGCUUCUGUUUAAUAUUCCAUUUACAGGCAAUGUCAAGCUCAAAGGCAUCAUUAUAAUGGGAGAGGACGAUGACUCACACCCCUCUGAGAUGAGACUGUACAAAAACAUUCCACAGAUGUCCUUUGAUGAUACAGACAGGGAGCCAGAUCAGACCUUUAGUCUGAAUCGGGAUCUUACGGGAGAAUUAGAGUAUGCUACAAAAAUUUCUCGUUUUUCAAACGUUUAUCAUCUCUCAAUUCAUAUUUCAAAAAACUUUGGAGCUGAUACCACAAAGGUCUUCUAUAUUGGUCUGAGAGGAGAAUGGACUGAGCUUCGCCGACAUGAGGUGACCAUCUGCAAUUAUGAAGCAUCAGCCAACCCAGCAGACCACAGGGUCCAUCAGGUUACCCCACAGACACACUUCAUUUCCUAAGACUGGCCAGGGCUUCCACAGAGGCGCUGUGUCAGUGAAGAUGUACAGCGUCCUGUUGGGGAGGACAAAGAGAUAGGGUUCCAGAGAGAGUUGGUGCCACAGCUUCUGCCAAGCUUUGUCUUUGGGGCUUGCUGCAGAAACCUGGCCUGUGGAAGAUGCCACACCACCGGGGAGGGUAGUGUGUGUGCUGAGGGACAGUCGUGGUUCUCUAGGGCCUAGAAAUUGAGUCUUGGGCUGGUCAGCAUCUGGCAGUCAUUGGAUAAUGUCUGCCUUUCCAGUCAGUGUGGCCAUGGGAUCCCAAGUGUCUUGUUGCUUUGUGGCAGGAUUUUUGUGUGACUUGUUUUUUUUUUUUUUUAAUGGAAACUUUUUCCUGGGCUGUAGUAAACUUUCUGAAGCCUCAGCAUUGUGUUUCUCUUAGCCAUCAGGAGGGUCUCCACCUAGAAAUACUUGUCCCCGCUUGCUCCUUCUUCCUGUCAGCGUUCAGCAUCCUUGUCAAGUUGCCCGGCUUGGAGUUGUUUGUCCUGUACUAGUGUCCCAUGGUUACAGCUAGAAGAGCAGGAGUCUCCUGAUGACGCUUAAUGGCUUGGGGAGGUCCUUUUUCUUACUGCCUAGCUAAGCAGUCUGGGGAGAGCGUGGGCAUCAUUUCUGUGUUUGUGAGUUAUCCUGGUUGGGUAAGAUUGGGACUUAGGUAAGAUUCCACUUGGGACAUCCUUAAUGUCUGUUAGCUUCUAACUAGUGUCGUAAGCGCAGUGCCAGAAAUUGGAGAUCUCAGUUCUUCUGUUCAUGGCUUUUUAUUCACCGUAACUAGUAAGCUUCCUAAUAAAUCUUUGCCAUACUUAA